AAACUAAGAAGAUGCCACAAGUACUGUCAAUGUCUCCAUGACUUGUUCAACUUAUUUUAUAUGGCCAAGAAGCUGAGGAAGAGACUAUCGAGCCAUGACUUUGAAAAAUUGUACUCUAAAUAGAACAGAAGUGGCAUGGCAGUAACCUGAGUAGUGACAAGAUGGAGAACAUGGAGAGCGGAUAUUGUUACAUUAAGCUUGUUCUCCUUCUCCUCCUGUUUGCUUGUUCAGUAGCUGCUGGAGAUCCUGGAGUCAUUAACCUUCCAAGUUCUCAUGGAAAUGAGAAAAUAAUAACUCACAGACCCUCAAGAGUCCUGCUUCGCGAAGAUCCUUAUCAUCCACCAAGUCCUCGGACAAAUCCUUCUCAUGGACCCAUUAUACAUGGUUGAGGUUGGUACGUGAGCAUAAAUUAAAAUAGAAUUGAAAUGAGAUUUUCAAUGGAAUCAGAAUGAAAUAAAAGGGGAAAUGAUUAAUUAUAUAUUUUUUUUACAAUAAUAGAAUGAUAUAACUAGUGGAAAGAUCCAUCUAAUUCUUAAUAUAACUAGUCUAUUUAGUAUGCCUAAUUUUCUUUGUCCAUUUAGCAUGCGCAUACCUUGCUUGAUUGAUCAACCUAAUAUGCUUAGUACAACCUUCACUAGUUCCCUAGUUGAUUUGGUUUGCUCAUUUUAUUUAAUUCUAUUUUCUUUUAUAGAACUGGAAUGAAAUUUUUCAUCGCGAAAUAAUUAUUCAUUAGAAUAAAUUGCUCCAUUUUAAAUGGUUCAUGCAAAACUGAAAUGAAAUCAUGCAGGGAACAAAUCAUUUUCAUUUUAAAAAGUUAGUAUCUGGUAGUUUAUAAUAUUUCAGAUAUAGGAAAAGUGUAUACAUUCAAUAUCUUUCUUUUAUUCAUCUCUUUUGCUUCGUUAAAAAUAAAUUGAGGAAAGAUGUGUGAACAAUCUUGCAUGUGAAACUGCUACCAUAUAAGCCUUUACUUCCAAAGGAGUAAAAACUCUGCAUAUAUAAGAGACAAUCGUUUGAUGCAGUAGUAGAAAUGAUGAUGAGUUUUCCAUUCUUCAGUGAAAAAACUAAUCCUUUUCUUUGAAAUGGUUCACGAUGGAAUCUGAACAUUCCUCCGACUGAUCUACUUACCACAAGAGAUUCACAAAGGAAUCUGAACAUCAUUGUUUCAUGUUCGCACACUUAGGUGAUCUUUCAAGGUUAUAUUUCUCUUUCAGAUUAAAUGAUGCUCAGGAUAUUUAGCACCAAUAUUGAAGAUGGGUCCUUUUUAUUUCAUAUUGCACACGCCAUUUUUUCUUUAUGUAUUGCCCUUUCAAUGUAAUGUUUCUUAUAUGAGUCUAGUUUAUCUUGUUAGCAAGAGUCAGAAAUUUGUGUCAUCAUAAUUUAACUUGUUUAAUAUUUUUUUAACAUUUAUAAUCAAUCAUUCUCUUCGUGUAUUUGUUACUUGUGACUUUAGCAUCCUGGCCACCAUCAUUCAUAAUAAAUCAAUUGCUAGUUCUAUCUGUAUAUUGAAACCACCGCAAAGAUGUAAUUUGUAUACACUUUGUUCCUCCAAAUAAGGCAUCCAACCAUAGGACGCUGGACCGAUAAAAACUUUGCAGUACUGAACCGGUUGCUCAAGAUUCAGUUUUAUCGGAUUCAUCAUUACUUUCUUUUCUUUUUUAUUUUUGUAUACAGUUGGUUCCUCGGCCCCCCUCUCAGUUUCAACUUUAAGGAUUCUCUUUGUGCAGUAGUCUUUUGUCAUAGUGCAGUUUUCCCCUUAAUAAAGAGCAUAGUUUUUAGCCUAAAGGACAAAAGUGAGUCUUGUGAGCACAUGUUUAUCGAUUCUUCAAAGGCUGGUAAUUGUGUCCCUGUAGUUGUCCAAUUCUUGAUCAUUACUGAAGAAUAGACUGCACUUACUGGAACCAAUGGCUCAGUUGUUUCGAAGACCACACGAAUCGGUUCAUUCGAUCGGAAGCCAAUCUGGUUGAACUUGGAGCCAGUGUUCAGACCAGUUCAUCAUCUUGCGAGCUCAAAUUACUGAUCAAUUUUGCUGCUUUUUCAGAAGCAGCAGCAGAAGACGAAAUAACAAAGGAAUUUGCCGAAUUAUAAUGAUCGGUCCUGCUCCAACAGUGCGUUGUAUCCUCUUUUAAUAUACACUACUGCUCUUUGGUCUUUGGCUUUUCUUCCCCGGAAAAAGAAGAGAGCGACAGCGCCUUGUUCCACCUCCAUAUUAGCACCACCACCUUCCUCCAUUGUACAGUCCUCCCUCUCCUCUGCUUCUCCAUGGCCGUUGUUGGUGCGAGCUUCUUCCUUUUCCUCUCUUCUUCUCUUCUCUUCCUCUCUCCGGCCGUCUCUUCGGACUCCCCCGGCCUUUCCCUCAGGAAGCAGGCCUCUGCUCUUCUUUCCAUCAAGCAAUCUCUGCGCACCUCCGACGGCUUCUUCCGGAGCUGGAGCUCGCAGAACCAUGCUUCUCUCUGCUCGUGGAGCGGCGUCCGCUGCGACGCCGCCGGGCGAGCGGUGACCGAGCUCGACGUCUCCAGCCUCAACGUCUCCGGUUCCCUGUCGCCGAGGAUUGCGGAGCUGAAGGCGCUCGUUCGCCUCUCGGUCUCCGGCAACAGCUUCGCCGGGGAGUUCCCCGCGAGCGUCUGCCAGCUCCUGCGCCUCCAGUUCCUCAACAUCUCCAAUAACCACUUCAAUGGCUCCUUGAACUAUUGGAACUUCUCUGCGAUGGCGGAGCUGCAAGUCUUCGACUUGUACAACAAUGACUUCUCUGGGUCACUGCCGGCGGCGUUACCGGAGCUGCCCCUGCUCCGCCACUUGGAUCUCGGCGGGAACUAUUUCUCCGGCCAAAUCCCCACUGCCUAUGGCGGUUUUCCGGCCAUUAGCUAUCUGUCAUUGGCUGGGAACGACUUGGGUGGCCGUAUUCCAGCCGAGCUAGGCAACCUCACCACUCUCGAACAACUUUACUUGGGCUACUUCAAUGAGUUCGACGGCGCCAUUCCGGCGGAGCUCGGGAGGUUGACUAAUCUCCUCCACCUCGACCUCUCGAGCUGCGGCUUAAAAGGCGAAAUCCCACAUCAAUUGGGUGAUCUUGUGAAGCUGGACACCCUCUUCUUGCAGACCAACCAGCUCAUUGGCACCAUUCCUCCCCAACUUGGCAACUUGAGCAGCUUGAGAUUCCUCGACAUCUCCAACAACGCGCUCGCCGGGGAGAUACCCAAGGAGUUCGGGAAUCUCCGAGAGCUCAAGCUGCUGCACAUGUUCCUCAACCAAUUCCACGGAGAGAUCCCGUUGUUCGUCGCGGAGCUGCCGAGUUUGGAGGUUCUGAAACUGUGGCACAACAACUUCACCGGCACUAUCCCUCCCAAGCUUGGGCAGUAUGGCAGGCUUCGAGAGCUUGAUCUCUCCACCAACAAGCUCACCGGAAUGGUUCCCAGAGGUCUCUGCACUGGGAAGACAUUGGAGAUACUGAUCUUGCUCAACAACUUCCUCUUUGGUCCUCUGCCGGAUGAUCUCGGUGAGUGCACGACUCUUGUGAGGGUGCGCAUGGGGCAGAACUACUUGACCGGUUCCAUUCCCGGAGGCUUCCUUUACCUUCCGGAAUUGCUACUGCUGGAGUUGCAGAACAACUAUCUCACCGGAGUUCUAGCAGAUGAGCCUGCAAAGCGACCAACAAAGCUAGGCCAGCUCAAUCUAUCUAACAACCAGUUUUUUGGGCCUCUUCCGAGCUCCAUCGGAAACUUCUCAGCGUUGCAGAUUCUCCUUCUCAGUGGCAACCAGUUCAACGGAGAGAUCCCAUCUCAGGUUGGCCUUCUUCGACAUGUACUAAAGGUAGAUAUGAGCAUGAACAACUUCUCCGGCCGGAUUCCUCCGGAGAUCGGCGAUUGUUUUCUGCUUACUUACUUGGACUUGAGCCGAAACCAAUUGUCCGGCGAGGUACCGUCUCAAGUGUCUCGAAUUAGAAUACUUAACUAUCUGAAUGUUUCAUGGAACCAGUUGGCCGGAAACAUUCCGAAGGAGAUCGGGAGCAUGAAGAGUCUAACUUGCGCCGAUUUCUCCCACAAUGAUUUCUCCGGCAGAGUGCCGGAGACAGGGCAAUUUGCCUACUUCAACGCUUCGUCUUUUCUCUCCAAUCCUAGGCUCUGCGGGUCGAUUCUGAACCCCUGCAACAUUUCAGCAAGCUCUCCGUUCCAUCAAGACCAACAAGGGAGUCUCAAGUUUCAGCUCCCUGGGAAGUCCAGGCUCCUACUCGCGCUGGGCCUCUUAGCGUGUUCGAUCGUCUUCGCGUUCACAGUAGUCAUCAAGACACGCUCGAUGAUGCGAAGAAACUCUAACUCGUGGAAGCUGACUGCAUUCCAGAAACUGGAUUUCGGGAGUCAAGAGAUCGUAGAAUGCCUCAAAGAGAACUGUAUCAUAGGAAGAGGAGGAGCCGGCGUCGUCUACCGAGGAACGAUGCCUAGUGGCGAAGAGGUCGCAGUGAAGCGCCUGCUCGGAAUCAGCAAGGGCUCGACGCACGACAAUGGAUUCUCUGCCGAGAUUCAAACGCUGGGCAAGAUUCGGCAUCGGAACAUCGUCCGGUUGCUCGCCUUCUGCUCCAACAAGGACUGCAAUCUCCUGGUCUACGAGUACAUGCCCAACGGAAAUUUAGGAGAGCUGCUGCACGGAAAGCGAGCUGGAUACCUCAAUUGGCAACUGAGGCUCAGGAUCGCCGUCGAAUCAGCCAAAGGAAUGUGCUACCUGCACCACGACUGCCGUCCUCCUAUCCUCCACCGCGAUAUCAAGUGCAACAACAUCUUGCUGGAUGCAAACUUCGAAGCUCACGUAGCUGAUUUUGGCCUCGCCAAGUACUUGAGGGACACUGGAACCUCUGAAUGCAUGUCGGCGAUCGCCGGCUCUUAUGGCUACAUCGCUCCUGAAUACGCGUACACUUUGAAGGUGGACGAGAAGAGCGACGUGUACAGCUUCGGGGUGGUUCUGCUGGAGCUGAUCACCGGCCGGCGGCCGGUAGGGGACUUCGGAGAGGAAGGACUGGACCUUGUCCAGUGGACGAGAAGUGUCACGAACUGGAGCAAGGACGCGGUGGUGAAGAUCCUGGACCCCUGGCUGAGCAACGUGCCGGUGGAGGAGGCCAUGCAAGUGUUCUUCGUGGCCAUGCUGUGCGUCCAGGAGCACAGCGUGGAGAGGCCGACCAUGAGAGAGGUGGUCCAAAUGCUGGAACAAGCCAAGCCCUCCUCUGCUCUACCUGUACGUCCGAGCUAGUCUAGUCGUCACCGGUCCGCAAAUUUGUGAAUUAAAUGAUGAGCAAAGCUUUGCUGUGUGUGUGUGUUUCUUGACUAAAUGUGUGUGGCAGUUAGUGAGAGUGUGUCAUUGAUUUGAUAUGGUAAGAAUCUGUUUCUCUCAUGGACAUGGACAUCGCUUUUGCAGUACU